UAAAUAAAAGUUAAAAUUAAUUUUUAAGUGCAAAAAUUUACUAAUUAAUAGUAUUAGUGCACAAUUGUGUCCUAAUUGCUUUGCACCUAGGGUAUAUUUACGUGCAACAUCUACAAAAAAAAAAUAAGUUGACCUCUUUCGGUACAUUAAUCUGUCGACAUGUCGGCCAUUACCGAUGCGGUCACAACUACUGAGCAACCAUUGGGUCUAUCGGACGGCUCCGUACACAUUGAAUGGCCCGACUAUCUCGUCAUUGCAUUAUAUUUUGUCGGUAUUUUGGGUGUAGGAUUUUGGGUGGGCGCAUCCCUGUUCUCCAGUAAUGUGGGCAGCGGUCAAUUUGUAGGACUAGCCGGUUCUGGCGCCAGCUCUGGUCUAUCCAUCGCAGCCUUUGAAUUAAAUGUGAGCACAAUGCCUGAAUAUCUAAGAAAACGAUUUGGUGGCCAACGGAUCCGUAUAUAUAUGUCAGUGUUGGCCAUUUUGCUCUACAUCUUCACCAAAAUAUCUGCUGAUCUGUACGCGGGAGCGCUUUUCAUAAAGCAAUCGUUGGGUCUAAACAUGUAUGUGUCGGUUGUGAUACUACUGGCCAUAUCGGCCGUAUUCACUAUGGCUGGAGGUUUAACCACAGUCAUUUGGACGGACACUGUUCAAACAUUUCUUAUGGUUAUUGGCGCACUUGUGCUCACUAUAUUAAGUUUCAAUGAGGUGGGAUCAAAGUACCACAAUCCAAGUGGUUAUAAUGAAUUAAUGGACAAUUUCAGGACUCGGGGUGAAUCCAAAAAUCCAAGUUAUAUAAUCAUCGAUAACAGCACCGGCCAGUCGUGUAGUGCUAUUACACCGUAUUAUAGGAAUUUGUUGAGACCCUGGGACGAUGCCGACCUUCCCUGGACUGGUAUGGUGUUUGGCAUUACCAUAUCGGCCGUAUGGUACUGGUGCUCUGACCAAGUUAUAGUGCAAAGAGCGCUGUCGGCCAGGAGUUACUCACACGCGAAGGCCGGCUGUACUCUGUGUUCAUUCAUUAAAAUUUCGCCAUUUUAUCUGUUGGUUAUGCCGGGAAUGGCUGCCAGAGUGCUGUGGCCGGAUGAAGUUGGUUGUUCUAACCCCGAUAUAUGCAAAAAGAUCUGCGGCUCAGAGUCCGGCUGCUCUAACAUCGCUUACCCAUUGCUAGUUCUUAGACUAAUGCCGGCCGGUCUGACGGGUCUUAUGCUGAGCGUAAUGAUGGCGGCGCUCAUGAGUUCACUCACAUCCAUAUUCAACAGCGCGUCCACAAUAUUCACUAUAGAUAUCUAUAACCGAUUCCGUAAACAGGCCUCAGAGGUAGAGCAGGUAAUCGCCGGCCGUAUAUUUGUACUCUUUCUGGUGGCCGUCAGUAUUCUCUGGAUUCCGAUCAUAGAGUCGUCGCAAAACAGCCAACUCUUUAAUUAUAUCCAAAGUGUUACCUCAUAUCUGGCGCCUCCUGUCUGUGCGGUGUAUGUGUUGGCCAUGUUUUGGGGCCGAAUCAACGAAAAGGGCGCCUUUUGGGGGCUUAUGAUUGGUCUCGUGAUCGGCAUUAUUAGGUUUGUGAUGGAGUUCUCAUACACUGUCCCGACGUGUGGUUCGGGAAUCGCGGACCCGAGACCUACCAUACUAUCGAAAGUACAUUAUUUACAUUUCGGAAUUAUAUUAUUCCUUAUCUCAUCGGCGGUUACGAUUGCCAUCAGUUUAUUCACGAAAGCUAUUGAUGAAAAACAUUUAUAUCGUUUGACUUAUUGGUCGAGAGGUAGUCAUGAAGUGCGCGAAGAUAUAGACGCGGAUGCGGUGACGGAGAGCGAGACAUGCGGUCAAACAAACAAUGGUUUCGUUGCCGAAGACGGCACAGAAUCGGCAACGACUGGACCUCAGAAUAAUAACGUUGUGUCAAAAUCGGGUGAUAACGAGAAUAGGAGUCGACUAUUGUAUACAUUAUGUUGUGUGGGCUCUGGGAAUAAGUCGGCCGAAGAGGGAGAGAAAGGUAACGAUGGAGAGGUAGGGGUCAUACCAUUGACCAAAGAGGAGGAUGCGAUCCGUUGCGCCAACGAUGUCAAAGAGACACCCGUUUGGCGAUCAGUGAAUAAUUUAUUUGCA